CAUGGAAAAACAUUAAACAGCGAUUGAUAUAAAGGUACUUGUCUAUCCUAAUGAUCAAGAUUGUUCUUUUUGGUUUUCCUCAUAGUCUUUCUCAUUUGGUAUUUGUGUCGUGAGAUAGUGAAUAUUCUCAUGGGUUGAUCAUCAAUCAGACAGAAAGAAAAGAAUGAUACCAAUACCUCAACCAUUCACCCAAAUGACAACAAAAUUCCUUUCUUUUCUUAUUUCUUUAGGAGAAAGUUUUGUUCUUUCCUCUUUUCCUUUUAACAGUUUAUCUUUGUCUCUUGCUAAUUACCUAUAAAUUCCCAAAAAAUCUCAACAAAAAUCACAAGUCAAUAAAAACACAAUUCUUUGUGUAAAUAUCAAUACCUUAAGCUUUUAUAACUCGCUGAAAAUGGCUACUACACCAGCCUUGAAGAGAUCAGAGUCCAUAGCUGAUAGCAUGCCAGAAGCGUUGAGGCAAAGCCGGUAUCACAUGAAGAGAUGUUUUGCCAAAUACAUAGAGCAAGGCAAGAGGAUGAUGAAACUGCAUAGCUUGAUGGAUGAAUUAGAGAAAGUGAUUGAUGAUCCAGCUGAGAGGAACCAUGUUUUGGAAGGUUUACUUGGCUACAUAUUAUGUACUACAAUGGAGGCUGCAGUUGUUCCUCCCUACAUUGCCUUCGCCACGAGACAGAAUCCCGGGUUCUGGGAAUAUGUGAAAGUGAAUGCUAAUGAUCUUUCUGUUGAGGGUAUUACAGCUACAGAGUACUUGAAAUUCAAGGAAAUGAUAGUUGAUGAAAGCUGGGCAAAAGACGAAUACGCACUGGAAAUUGAUUUUGGAGCCGUAGACUUCUCAACGCCUCGUCUGACUCUAUCUUCUUCAAUCGGAAAUGGUCUCAGUUAUGUUUCCAAGUUUCUAACUUCAAAGCUAAAUGCUAGCUCCACGAGUGCACAGUGUCUAGUUGACUACCUGCUCACGUUGAACCAUCAAGGAGAUAAACUGAUGAUCAAUGAGACGCUCAGCACUGUCUCAAAGCUUCAGGCAGCAUUAGUUGUAGCAGAAUCAUCUAUUUCUUCCAUACCAACUGAUACACCAUAUCAGAGCUUUGAGCUAAGAUUCAAAGAAUGGGGUUUUGAGAAAGGCUGGGGUGAUACAGCUGAAAGAGUCCGAGAUACCAUGAGAACACUUUCUGAGGUGCUUCAGGCACCAGAUCCAUCAAACUUUGAGAAAUUCUUUGGAAGGGUUCCAACUGUUUUCAAUAUUGUAUUGUUCUCUGUUCAUGGAUACUUCGGCCAAGCUGAUGUUCUUGGCUUGCCAGACACCGGUGGUCAGGUGGUUUAUGUUUUGGAUCAAGUUGUAGCUUUUGAAGAAGAAAUGCUACAAAGAAUUAAACAGCAGGGACUCAAUGUUAAGCCUCAGAUUCUUGUGUUAACCCGGCUAAUCCCAGAUGCAAAAGGAACAAAGUGCAACCAGGAACUAGAACCAAUCAAGAAUACAAAGCAUUCUCACAUCCUCAGAGUUCCAUUUAGGACAGAAAAAGGAGUGCUUAAUCAAUGGGUUUCUCGAUUCGAUAUCUACCCUUAUCUGGAGAGAUAUACUCAGGAUGCUUCUGACAAAAUCAUCGAGCUAAUGGAAGGCAAGCCUGAUCUAAUCAUUGGUAACUACACUGAUGGGAAUUUAGUGGCAUCAUUAAUGGCUAGAAAACUUGGGAUAACUCUGGGAACAAUUGCUCAUGCUCUGGAGAAGACUAAAUAUGAAGAUUCUGACAUCAAAUUAAAGGAACUCGAUCCAAAGUACCAUUUUUCGUGCCAAUUUACAGCUGAUUUGAUUGCAAUGAAUUCUGCAGAUUUUGUUAUCACAAGCACAUAUCAAGAAAUAGCUGGAAGCAAAGACAGGCCAGGGCAGUAUGAAAGUCACAGUGCAUUUACCCUUCCAGGGCUUUAUAGAGUUGUUUCAGGCAUCAAUGUCUUUGAUCCUAAAUUUAACAUUGCUGCUCCUGGGGCAGACCAGUCAGUAUAUUUCCCUUACACAGAAAAGCAGAAGCGUUUGACUGAUUUCCGACCUGCCAUUGAGAAGCUUCUUUUUAGUAAAGUGGAUAAUGACGAGCACAUCGGAUAUUUAGAAGACAGAACGAAACCUAUUCUCUUCACCAUGGCAAGGCUGGACACAGUGAAGAACACAACUGGACUAACUGAAUGGUUUGGCAAAAACAAGAAGCUCAGAAGCUUAGUUAACCUUGUUGUGGUUGGCGGUUCCUUUGAUCCUACAAAAUCCAAUGAUAGAGAAGAAGCAGCUGAAAUAAAAAAGAUGCAUGUGCUGAUAGAGAAAUACCAGCUUAAAGGUCAGAUUAGAUGGAUAGCAGCUCAGACUGACAGAUACAGGAAUAGCGAACUCUACCGCACAAUAGCAGAUUCAAAAGGAGCUUUUGUGCAGCCUGCUUUGUAUGAAGCAUUUGGUCUUACAGUCAUUGAAGCAAUGAACUGUGGAUUACCAACCUUCGCUACCAACCAAGGUGGCCCUGCUGAGAUUAUUGUUGAUGGUAUCUCAGGCUUCCAUAUUGAUCCAAAUAAUGGAGAUGAAUCAAGCAACAAAAUUGUUAAUUUUUUCCAGAAGAGCAGGGAGGAUCCUGAGCAUUGGAACAGGAUUUCAGCCCAGGGUCUAAAGCGUAUAUAUGAAUGUUACACAUGGAAGAUCUAUGCAAACAAGGUAUUGAAUAUGGGGUCAAUCUACACUUUUUGGAAGACAUUGUACAAAGAUCAGAAACAGGCAAAGCAAAGAUACAUAGACACUUUCUACAAUCUCGAGUUUAGAAACUUGAUAAAAGAUGUGCCUAUCAGAAUUGACGAAAAACCAGAAGGACCAAAGGAGAGGCCCGAGAGGGUGAAAGUUAAGCCACAGUUAUCACAAAGGCGCUCACAAUCAAGGUUGCAGAAGUUGUUUGGAUCAUCGAACAGCCAGUCAUGAUACUUGUUCCCUCAUUGUCAACAGAAACACGCAAAUAAAGAGAAAGCGUAAUUUUUUUUAAAGUGUGAUUUGUAAUUCAAUUUCAAGACAGAAUAAAUGAAAACCAGCAGUGGCUGUGUCUUUGCUUGCUUCCAAAUUCCAGUUUGAUUGCUCAAAUCUGUCUUUUGAAUAUUGGAAGUCCAGUGUUUUACUUGCACAAGUAUGGAUAUUCUCAGCAAGUAAAUCCCUCUUAUUCAAAAAGUGUAAAUCACAACUUCAACCAAUAAUGAAACACAGACAAAUUAUAGAAGA